CGAAUUCCCGCGGCCUGGGGGGGAGUCAUGCUUUGCGGUCUGUAAUGUCAGCAGAACAGGAGAAGGAUCCCAUUUCGCUGAAGAGAGUUCGAGCACAAUAGGCACCUCAGAGGGUGAGAAAGAAACACCCCCUGGCAGAGACCACGAACGAUGCCCACCUCCCCAAAAAGUGGUGAUAGUGGACUGGAUGGGUUAGGAGGACCAGGUGUACAACUAGGAAGCCCAGACAAGAAAAAACGCAAAACAAAUACACAGGGGCCUUCUUUUCCUCCAUUGUCUGAGUAUGCGCCACCACCGAAUCCCAACUCUGACCACCUAGUGGCUGCUAAUCCAUUUGAUGACAACUAUAAUACUAUUUCCUAUAAACCACUACCUUCGUCAAACCCAUACCUUGGCCCUGGUUAUCCUGGCUUUGGAGGCUAUAGCACAUUCAGAAUGCCACCUCAUGUUCCUCCGAGGAUGUCUUCCCCAUACUGUGGUCCUUACUCACUCAGGAAUCAGCCACACCCAUUUCCUCAGAAUCCUCUGGGCAUGGGUUUUAAUCGACCUCAUGCUUUUAACUUUGGGCCACAUGAUAAUUCAAGUUUUGGAAAUCCAUCUUAUAAUAAUGCACUAAGUCAGAAUGUUAAUAUGCCUAAUCAACAUUUUAGACAAAAUCCUGCUGAAAACUUCAAUCAGAUUCCUCCUCAGAAUGCUGGCCAGGUAGCUAAUCCUGACCUGGCACCUAACUUUGUCCCUGGAAAUAAUUCAAAUUUUACUUCUCCAUUAGAAUCUAAUCAUUCUUUUAUUCCUCCCCCAAAUACUUUUGGUCAAGCAAAAGCACCACCCCCAAAACAGGACUUUAAUCAAGGAGCAACCAAAAACACUAAUCAAAAUUCCUCUGCUCAUCCACCUCACUUAAAUAUGGAUGACACAGUGAAUCAGAGUAAUAUUGAAUUAAAAAAUGUUAAUCGAAACAAUGCAGUCAAUCAAGAGAACAGCCGUUCGAGUAGCACUGAAGCUACAAACAACAGCCAUGCAAAUGGGACACAGAAUAAGCCACGACAACCUAGAGGGGCAGCAGAUACGUGCACCACCGAAAAAAGCAAUAAAUCCUCUCUCCACCCAAGCCGCCACGGCCAUUCUUCCUCUGACCCAGUGUAUCCUUGUGGAAUCUGUACAAAUGAAGUGAAUGACGAUCAGGAUGCCAUCUUAUGUGAAGCCUCUUGUCAGAAAUGGUUUCAUCGGAUCUGCACUGGAAUGACUGAAACAGCUUAUGGCCUGCUCACUGCAGAAGCAUCUGCAGUGUGGGGCUGUGACACCUGCAUGGCUGACAAAGACGUCCAGCUAAUGCGCACGAGAGAGACUUUUGGUCCACCUGCAGUGGGCAGUGAUGCUUAGUCACAGCCGUUAACUAAAGUGGGUUUUUCCCCCUAUGUAUUACAGAGGUUCAGUGACACAGGAUUUUAAUGUUUUACAUUAUUUUUUUAAAUGCACAUGCAAAAAGAUGAUUUACCUUUUAGUUUUUUUAAUAUUCCACCUCAUUGCAAGUACAGAUUUUGUAUUGUUUUUGUUUGCUAUCUUAAAUGAGAAUAAUGUAUAUGGUGGUGCUUUAGAAAGUACUAUACAAAUAAAUGUUAAUUGUUGUUGUUGUUAAUCGUAAGCAUAAAAGCCUCUUGAAGCUUCAAAAUAAUAUAUAGCAAAUGUAGGCAAGUUUUGACUCAUAAAAGUUAGAACCAUUGAAAAAUGUAUAUUUUAGUGCUGAACUUUGGCGAUAUCACAUUAAACAUUUAGUUCAAACAUUUUUUUCAAGGAUUCAUUUAAUAUGUUUUCAGAAAAAAAAGUAUGUGUAGCUAUAACAUGGAAGAAAGCAUACAUUUUAUGGAUGUUUUUAAAAACAAUAGACUCCUCCCUAACUAGGGUCCUUGAAAUUAGUGACUUUCGUGUUUCAAGUCAGUCUCUCCAGCAUAUCUGUUUGUACAGAUAUGACAAAGACGUCAGCAUAUAGUAGAUGCCCAGUAAGUAUUUGUUGAUUAACCUGUGGAUUGUACCACAUGAAAUUGCUGAUAUUAAAUCAGUUGAAAAUUGACUGCAGUUAGUAGAGUUGAUAUAAAGUAUGUUACUAGUUAAUGCUAUUUAGAAUUAUAACAGUAUUAUGCUUUUCUCUCUUCAAUUCUCUUUGAUUAUUGAAUUGUUUUGUUAUUGUUUUCCAGAGAAAUAAAUAAUAUAAUAUCCUUAGAAGAAUUGUGAAUACUUUUGAAAACAUGAUUUCAAACUGCGACAUAUUGCAAAUGAGAUAGGGAGAAACAAAUUUGGCCUUAGAGGGCUCUGAUCUACUUAUUGGUAGUUUGAAAAAUCUUGCUCUGGGAUUCUGAAUUCAAGAAUGAGCCUCCAGAGAGAUCAAAAUCCAUUUGUAAGCAAAGACCGAUUAAGAGCCAAGAUGAAAACUAACUUACAAACAACAAUUCAAGUCCUUGCAGCAGACAAGAAUUUCUGCUGUGACUAAGGAAAGUGUACAAAUGGACCUGAGAGUAUCCUCUUGAGAGAUGAUAAAGAACCGAGACAGUUGGAGAUGUACUCAGUAAGAUUCAAAACAGCAGAAACCCAGUUUUGGAAUGGAUCAUAACCUGUGACCAAAAAAAAAAAAAAAUGUGCAUACUGUAUGACAGUCCAUAGCAAUUUAUACAAUGGUUGGAUGUUGGUGAAGCUCCCAAACUUGCACCAUCAUUAUCAUUGCAACCAAAAAAGUUCUGAAGACCAUAUGGUGAUUUGCAAAAGAGAUCAUUAAUUACUACUAUUUAAACCCUGGUGAAAUGACAGCAGUAGCAUAUUACCAAGAAAUUAAAAUUAUGUGAAACAUCUGAUUAAAAAACAACAUCCUUUGGUUAAUAAACAUGAACCUAUACUUUUAUAUGACAGCAUUUGACCUCACGUAUCACAAGCUACUAAAGCAAAGUUAAUUGAAUUGGGCUAUUAAAUUUUGUCAUGUCCGUCUUUGUCACCAGGCCUUUAUCCAUAUCCAGUGAUCUACCAUCUUUUUCGUCAUUUGGAGCUUUUUCUAAGAAAAACAUAUUCUCCAAUUGAGAAGAAGUAAUUGGAGGAUUUGAACAAUUUAUACAGCUUACCAAAUGAUGAAUUUUAUAACAAUGAACUAUUUAAUAUCCUAUUAGAAGAAAAUUAUUAGUGCUCAUGAUGCAUAUUUUGAUUGAAUAAAACUUAUUUUUUUAAUACAGUGUUUUAAUUUUGACCUACAAAACCAGCAAUUUCAUAUGGUACACAGUAAUAUAAGGUUUUCUCUGGUUACCUGUGACUAGUUAGAGAUCAGUACAAAAUAUUUUCAGUAGUUGUAAAAUAUAUACCUUAACGGUUGUAGGAAAUUAUAUAAAUUCUAAUACUCUAGUACUCCUUUGUGUGAAAACUUUACCAGUUGAAGCAGGUUAAAAUGCAGUAUUUUUGGCUGGCUGACAUUUGUUGUGUUUAGUAGCAUACUUGAAGAUCCCAGUUUACUUACACUGUAGCUUUUGUUAGAAUACAUAAUUUUCUAAAUAUUUAAGGAUGUUGUUAUGUUGUUCUUGAAAUCCUAGUGAGUGCUGAUUCUUAGGAAAUGAUGCACUUCAUGCUAUAUGGCCAGUCCUAGCACCAGAUCAUGAUUUUUUUUUUUUGACUGAAUGCAGUUAGAUAGAUAUUGAAUAGAACCUUCCAGGGGCCGCAGGAGUUAAUACUUUACAUGGUAGUAUUUCAGUUGUACUCAUUGCUAAAAUUGAUUAUGCAGUUUUUUAAGCCCUCUGUUGCUUACAGUUUCAGUUUUGUGAAAAUGAAAUAACCUCUCCCACGCUAGUCAAAAGAUACUUGAUUUGGAAUACAAUUUGUUCAUUUUCCAUUUCCAAGUAAUUAUUUCUAAAAACUUUCAAACAAGUGGAUUUUUCUUCAGGUAUUUAGGUCUUUAGAGUACCUUAUUUAAAUAAGAAUCUGUAAGUAUUCAAAGAAAAACCUGUGGUUGAUUUUGACAAUGAAUCAUAGGCCUACUAUAGUCAUAGCUGAUGAAUGUUUUCAUGUAUUUGAAUUAGUUUUUUUACAAGUUCUACAUUUGUCUCUACAUAACACUAAGUCAAGUUAUCUAGAUCCUUUUUUUGUAGGGAAAGCAAAGAACUAUAAGAAUGGCCAGAUACAUAAUUUGACCCAAAGAAGGCUGUUACACAAAUGGAUAUGACUUUCUUAGGACAAGUGAUGAGCUGUCCUAAAUAUUUAAAAACAUUCAGUGAUGGAAAGAAAUGCACACAGGUAGAAUAAUCUUCCAGUAGCAUUGCACCUUUUUUGGGUGUAAUUCUUUUCCUUCACUGAAAGGCCUCAUCUGACAUGCACACAUAGACACAGACAACACACAGUUGAGCAGGAAAUCUUGGAGUUUCUCCUACAUACUCAUUUUGCCAAAGUUCAACCUGGCUAACUGAGCAGUUAGGCCUCUCACCAAGGCUAGGUUUCUGAUAAAAAGUUUAAAAGCAUUAGUUCCUUUCUCAAAACUUGCUUUGUUAAUUUCACUAGAGAAUUCCUGGUGCACUUGCUUCUAAAUGCUACUGGACUAAUACUGAAAACAGCUUAGCUUGUAAAGAAAGAUCAUUCUUCAGAUAGAGUGCUUAGAAUUUAGAUUUGUGAUUAGUGUUUUCCUUUUGUGUGAAAUACUUUAGAAUACUGUUAUGAUUCUUGUUAUCCAAAUUAGAUGAUUAUGUACAUAAAACUGAAGAUUUUCUUGUACUAGUGCUUACUCUUCAUAGAUUAACACAAUAUAAAGAAAUCUGAUUUUUUUGUGUUUUGUUUUUUUAAGACUCCCAAUUCUGCCUAGUAAUAGGAAAAAAACUCAAGUGUGGGUCACCGUGACAUCUGUCAACUUUAAUCACUCAAAUAAAAUAAAUAUCAGGAGUUUUCAUCCAAUAUUCUUUCAAACUUAUUCAUCUUGAACAAAAUAAGAGUGCUAGUACUUUUUGUCCAACAUACUGUAGUAAUUGUAUUUAAUAGUAAAUAUAUAUAUAUAUAUAAGCAAUGAAAAGGGAGCUCUAAAUAGUUUUUGGAUUUCUUUUUUGCAAUGUAUAGAGGUUUCAUAUGCAUGAACAUUUGUGCUAUUGUAGAUUUUUUUAAUUAAAAAUAUUAAGGCUCCCAAAGUUCAUUUGUAAAUAGUGGUUUGGUCUCUAUAUAAGAUGAUUAGAUUCUUAGGGAAGCUCAUAAAGGCUUAUUUAAACCGCAGUGUAGUUAACCAAUAGUAUCAUGCUGAGUGCUUAGCUUCUUUAGGGAACCAAUCAAUGUAGGUAGGAGAAAAGCAGAGGUCUUUCCUUUAUCCUGAUGUGAUUCAGGAAGGUUAAAUUCCUUGGCGUGUUUUCCAGUGCCCUCUUAACCAUCCUAAACUCUGAUGGGGUGCUAUAUAAGGCAGCCUGCCUUUUCCCUUCCUGGAUGCUCUGUGCUUCAGAAUUUCAUCUUUCCUCCAAUCACCAUUUCUUUGUGUGGCUGUGGCUGACUAGAUUUUAAGUCAAAAGUGUUUUCUACCAAGAUGUGAAUGAAGAUAGUGGGAUUAAGUUUCUUUUUUUUAAAAGGGUGUUUAUUAGUUCAGAAUGAAUAUUUAAUAUCUAAGAUUUCAGGCAAAAUGACACAUUUCAGGCACCAUAGGAACCAAUAUUUUUAUUGAAUUGACUAGUACUGUCCUGAAAAUGCUUCACAAUUUCCUUUAGAAUGUUGGGACUUUUAGCAGUUUCCUUUCCUCUAUUACUCAGAACCCAGAGGUUUUCUUCUCAUUUCCAAAUUUUAGCAACUUCCUCGCUUUUUGUGUUCCAUUUAUCCAAUAGAGCAGUAUAGAAAUCACAUCUGCAUUUUUCCAACUCUCGAUACAAUGAUGGGAGUUUAGAGGCACCCUUGGAGUAAGGAGGCUAGGGGUGGCAUUAAUAUCUCCCGAGACAAGUGGCCUAAGGGAAACGAAGGGAAGAAAGUGGCUGUCUAUAAGCCAGACAUUAAUACAUCAAAAGGCUGCCUGUAGUUCAUUGAAAACUUUGAGUGAAACCCAGUGGAUAAGCUUCAUCUUUGUCCUAAUUUGUCGAAACACAUUACUUGCAAUUAUAUUAAAAAGUAUUCUAAAUACUUGUACUUUCUCUUGUUCUGUAGAUGAUGUAGACAAUGUUGCUUGUUAGUUAAAAUAUCUUAUAAAAGAAAGUCCUGCUUCUUAUCAUGAUGUAUGUGACUUAAAUGACUGUUUCAUAUUAAAACUAUUUCUUCCUUAUGUACUGUUUACAUAUACCUCUUUUUGGGAUAUUAGUUCAGUACUUUUAUACAAAUCUGAGUGUGUUCCACAUUGGUGACAUGUAUUUUUGCAGUAAGUUUUUGUUUUGUUCUUAGAGCAUGUCUAAAGUAACACAUGCACUAGUGCUGUGGUCUGUGACAAAAUUACUGUAAUUCAAAUUGGAAAAUAAAAUGUUUCCAGA